GGAUUUUUUUGUGUGUGCCUCCUCUCCCUCUCUCUUACUCACUCUCCCCUCUCAUUGCAUCCAUUUUUUGUGCAUUUAAGAAAUCUCCAAGAAUAAUCAACCUGGAGGAAAGCGAGCUGAGCAGAGUGACAGCGGAGGGUUAAGGAGCUCCAAAGGAAAACAAACGAGGACGGACCGGGCAUCUUUUAUUCCAGUAUGCGAGUGAAACCUCUCUGAAGAAUGGCAGCGAUGGGUUAGACAGGAUUUACCAUGACUGCAAAAUAAAAGCCACUGUGUGUAAAAGAUGUCUGCUCCACACGGGCCCCGGGGCGGCGCUGGCCCUGCUGCUGCCGCUGCCGCCGCCGCUGCUGCUGCUUCUGCCUCAGCGGCCGGCGCCAUGCCGGAGCUGCCGGACCUCAGCCACCUCACCGAGGAGGAGAGGAAGAUCAUCCUCGGUGUCAUGGACCGACAGAAGAAAGAGGAAGCGAACGAGCAGUCGAUGUUAAAGAUCAAAGAAGAACCAAAGCCUCAGCCGGCACAGUGGUUUCCCUUUAGUGGGAUCACUGAGCUGGUAAAUAACGUUCUUCAGCCCCAGCAAAAGUCCCAAAAUGACAAGAAGCCAGAGCCAGACGCGAAGUUGCACCAGCAAUUCGAAUCAUAUAAGGAGCAGGUGAAGAAGAUGGGAGAUGAAUCCAAGCAGGCUCAGGAUCAGAAGAGUGAAGCCCCAAUCUGCGGGAUAUGCCACAAAACCAAGUUUGCCGAUGGCUGUGGCCACCUCUGUUCAUAUUGCCAAACGAAAUUCUGUGCUCGGUGCGGAGGACGAGUGUCUCUGCGGUCAAAUAAGGAGGACAAAGUGGUUAUGUGGGUAUGCAACUUGUGCCGAAAACAACAAGAAAUCCUCACCAAGUCGGGGGCAUGGUUCUAUGGCUCGGGGCCUGGUCAGGUGCGGGGCGUGUUUGAGGGCGGGCCACAGGGGAAGAAGGCCAAACUGCAGGACCCUUCGCUGUACCCCUACCAGGGAGCCUCAGGGGACUUAACACCAGCGUCAGACAGAAGCAGACCUCGCGGUGGGCUCCUGCCUAGACAGGGGUCCCUCGACAACGGUUCAGGGCUGAGGUACUCGGGACCAGGUGACGGAUCCAUAGACCGGAAACGAAGCCCAUCUGCAUCCAGGGAUCCAAACCAAAAAUACGACCAAAGGGAGGGGGGUGACCACUCACAGUAUGCCCCGACGGACGGCGGCAUGCCCAGAUCACCGUCCGACUAUGGGGAUGGGGACCCUCGGCGGGCUCCGCGGGGCCCACACAUGUACCCAGAUGUGGAUGCGGCACGGAUGGGCUAUCGGGACCGACGGGGCCCUGGGCGCUGGCACUCGCAGGAAUACCCACUGGACCAGGACCUAGAUGGACCGCCCAGUGAGUAUGACCUCCAGCAGCAGCGCCAGGAGGAAUUCCAGGCACGCUAUCGCAGUGACCCCAACCUGGCGCGAUAUCCAGUGAAGCCACAGCCCUAUGAAGAGCAGAUGAGGAUGCACGCUGAGGUGGGACGUAUGAGGCACGAGCGUCGGCACAGUGAUGUCUCCCUGGCUUACACAGAGCAGGGUGACCCUGGUCCCAUUCGGCUGUCACGACAGCAUCUCACCGAGCGCCGGCCGCCUAUGGUGGGAGAGCGCUCCUACUCUGUUGACCGUUCCUCCCCGGGGCCUAUGGGUCCUGGUCUUGGAGGUCACAGAGCCUCCAACCGCAGUCCCCCAACUCCGCACCGCAGCCCAGUGCUGGGUGACCGAUCGGGGGACCUGCGGAGAGGCGACCUGGGCAUUGGUGGGGAUCCUAUGCGGAGGCAACAACACCACUUGGACCCCAGUUCGGCUGUCCGCAAAACCAAGAGGGAGAAGAUGGAGAGCAUGCUGAGGAAUGACUCUCUCAGCUCGGACCAGUCAGAGUCCGUGCGCCCGCCACCCCCCAAACCCCACAAAACCAAAAAGGGAGGGAAGAUGCGGCAGGUGUCACUGAGCAGCUCAGAGGAGGAGCUGGCCACCACGCCGGAGUACACCAGCUGUGAGGAUGUGGAGAUAGAGAGUGAGUCAGUCAGUGAGAAAGGGGACAGUCAAAGGGGAAAAAGAAAAACUAUUGAGCAGGCAUUUAUGUCUGAGCCGACACACACCUUAUCUGAGAGGCAAAAGAAAAUGGUGCGCUUUGGGGGACACUCAUUUGAAGAGGACUUGGCAUGGUGUGAACCGCAGGUUAAAGACUCGGGAGUUGAUACGUGCAGUAGCACUACCCUAAACGAGGAGCAUAGCCAUAGUGAGAAGCACCCGGUGACGUGGCAGCCGUCCAAAGAUGGAGAUCGUCUAAUAGGACGUAUUUUGCUCAACAAGCGAAUGAAAGAUGGAAGUGUGCCUCGAGACUCAGGAGCUCUGCUUGGUCUGAAGGUGGUGGGAGGCAAGAUGACAGAAUCUGGUAGACUUUGUGCUUUCAUCACUAAAGUGAGAAAAGGAAGUCUAGCAGACACUGUUGGACACCUCAGACCAGGUGACCAGGUGCUGGAGUGGAAUGGGAAGCUUUUACAAGGAGCCACAUUUAAAGAAGUUUACAAUAUCAUACUAGAAUCCAAGCCGGAGCCGCAGGUGGAGCUGGUGGUCUCACGGCCUAUAGGAGAUAUUCCUAGGAUACCAGACAGCACACAUGCACAACUGGAAUCAAGUUCAAGUUCUUUUGAGUCUCAGAAGAUGGAUCGUCCGUCCAUCUCCGUCACAUCCCCCAUGAGUCCCAGUAUGCUGAGGGACGCCCCCCAGUACCUGUCAGGACAGCUUUCAAGCCAAAGCCUUAGUAGAAGAACAACGCCUUUUGCCCCUAGGGUCCAGGUCAAACUGUGGUAUGACAAAGUGGGCCAUCAACUAAUCGUCACCAUCCUGGGCGCCAAAGAUCUGCCGCCCAGGGAAGAUGGACGACCCAGGAAUCCUUACGUAAAAAUAUAUUUCCUCCCUGAUAGAAGUUUGAAUUAUUGCUCCUCCAGUGACAAAAGCAAGAGAAGAACAAAAACAGUAAAGAAAUCCUUAGAGCCCAAAUGGAACCAGACCUUUAUGUAUUCGCCGGUUCACCGGCGAGAGUUCCGGGAGCGCAUGCUGGAGAUCACACUGUGGGACCAAGCCAGGGUGAGGGAGGAGGAGAGCGAAUUCCUGGGAGAGAUUCUGAUAGAGUUGGAGACGGCGCUUCUGGAUGACGAGCCACACUGGUACAAGCUACAAACACAUGACGUAUCCUCCAUCCCGCUCCCACGUGCCUCCCCGAACACACAGCGCAGGUUCCACGGAGAGAGUCCGACGCGGCGACUGCAGAACAAAGGCUCGUACAACUCAGGAUCCCAGAGGAUAAGUGACAGUGAGAUCUCAGACUACGAUUGUGAAGAUGGUGUUGGGGUAAUAACAGACUUCCGGUCAAAUGGCAGAGACUUCCAGAGCUCCACAUUGUCGGUACCUGAGCAGGUGAUGUCAUCUAACCACUGCUCUCGGUCAGCUGAUAUAAACAGGGCACGGUCACGCUCCCCCAGCGUUCCCCCGCCCUCCAGCCAUUUUCUCACCCUACCUCGAACCAGACAUACUCAACCUAUUGAUGAUCCUCAGAAGGACCCCAGCCGCAACCAUCGUGUGUACCCGAUCUGCAGAGAGGAAGCAGUCAGGUUACUGCGUUCCACUAGGAUGUCCCGCACCUAUUCUGAGGGUGCCUACUCCUCCGACUAUGACUACGAGAGGAACCACGGAGCCAUGGAUAGACACGAGUAUCACAGCAGGUCCCGCUCUGCAGACCAGCGGCCCACUAUAGAGCGCCCCUCUUCCCGCUCGCGCUCCACUGAACGCCCCCACGACUCUUCGCUCAUGAGGUCCAUGCCGUCUCUGCCAUCUGGGAGGUCCGCCCCCCCCUCACCUGCCUUGACGAGGGCGCAUCCUCGCAGUGGAUCAGUCCAGACCAGUCCCACCAGUACCCCGAUGUCCAGCAGACGGGGACGGCAACUACCACAGCUUCCACACACAGGGAAGGACAGAAAAGAUGGAGACGAAGGAACAGAGCCUUGUGAAGGUCUGGACAUGGAGGAGAGGACCAGGCAAAUGAAACUGAAGAUGAACAAGUACAAGCAGGGAGCUGGCUCUGACUCCAGACUGGAGCAGGACUACCACAAGCGUUCUGGCAGAGAUCCGCGGGGCUCGGAUAACCUGUCGGCCAAGUCGUCGGACAGCGAUGUAAGCGACGUGUCCGCUGUGUCGAGAACCAGUAGCGCCUCUCGGUUCAGCAGCACGAGCUACAUGUCUGUCCAGUCCGAAAGACCACAAGGAAAUCGCAAGAUCCGUGACUUUGCAUCCAAAAUGAAAAACAGGCAAAUGGGCACGUCGGGCGGGAUGAACAUCACCAAGAGCACAAGCAUCAGCGGCGACAUGUGUAACCUGGAGAAGACGGACGGCAGCCAGUCGGACACGGCGGUCGGCACGGUAGGCACUGAUGACAAGAAGAGGCGCUCCAGCAUUGGUGCCAAAAUGCAGGCCAUGGUUGGCAUGUCACGCAAGAGCAGGAGCACCUCUCAGCUAAGCCAAACAGAAGCAGGAGGCAAGAAGUUGCGCAGCACUAUCCAGAGAAGUACAGAGACGGGGCUGGCGGUGGAGAUGAGGAGCAGGAUGACUCGGCAAGCCAGCCGAGAGUCCACAGACGGCAGCAUGAACAGCUAUAGCUCCGAGGGAAAUCUCAUCUUCCCGGGUGUGCGACUCUCCUCAGACGCCCAGUUCAGUGACUUCCUCGAUGGGCUGGGCCCUGCCCAGCUGGUCGGGCGGCAGACAUUGGCUACUCCACCUAUGGGUGACAUCCAGAUAGGCAUGGUGGAUAAGAAAGGAGCAUUGGAGGUAGAGGUCAUCAGGGCCCGUGGCCUUGUGGGAAAACCAGGUUCCAAGGCACUGCCAGCACCAUAUGUCAAGGUCUACCUUUUGGAAAAUGGAGUCUGCAUAGCCAAAAAGAAAACAAAAGUAGCAAGAAAAACCUUGGAUCCUCUUUACCAGCAGCAACUGCCGUUUGAGGAGAGUCCGGGAGGCAAGGUUUUACAGGUCAUUGUAUGGGGCGACUAUGGACGUAUGGACCAUAAAUCAUUCAUGGGAGCAGUUCAGAUACUGUUAGAUGAGCUGGACCUGUCUAACAUGGUGAUUGGCUGGUUCAAGCUCUUUCCUCCUUCCUCACUGGUGGACCCUACUCUGGCCCCACUGACAAGAAGAGCUUCCCAAUCCUCACUGGACAGUUUCUCUCGAUCAUAGCAGUGUGUGGACUGAUAGCGUUGUUGUAGCAGCCAGUGUUGCGAUUACAGGUCACGCCCCCCCUGGUUACACUGCAUGCUUGAUGUUGUGUCUUCUGAGCCUGUUUCUAGGGGUGCAAAUGUGAUCCUGUGUUUUGAGCUAAAGCAUCACGCACAUCGUGCAACACGGCGAAGCGUGUUGCAAGACGCCUGGCGGCCGGGAUUGCCGGGUGUUGUUGUUGUUGUUUGGAGGAAGCUGGAAUGCACUCCUUAGCACGAGGAAUCUGUCAGUUCCAGGUUUUCAUCCAAUUCGAAGCCAUGGGGGUCAGUGCUGGGAACCACUGAAUGAGUUCUACAGAAGCCCUUUUCGAAUGAAAAAUAAAUGUUUUACUUUGAUUUAUUUAUUUAUUUUCUUUCUUUUCAUUUGUUUUCUUUUUUUUUUUCUUUAAAUGUCAUUGUACUUGUAUCUGAAGGGCGUGAUAGUGUUUCUUAACCAGAUGCUUGGUCACGCCACGCCAACAGACCUUGCUGUGUAGAUGGAGUUUUGCAGACUAUCACUUUGGGUGAGGUGUGUCCCAGCUUGUAUCCACACUCCCCCAAAACCUAAAAGAAAAGCCCCACAUAUUAUGUACUGAAUCAAACUGCACUGGUGAAUCAGAGGCAAUACUCAAGUGGCUAACAUCAACACUCCAGAAUAUACAGUAACAACCCAAACCCCAUUAAAAGAUGUACAAUCUACCAUCAUUCUUUCUCUGUUGAUAUAUUGUAUGAAAAUUAAAUGAGAAAAAAAUAUUUUUUCCUUUUUAGUUCAUUUGCAUGGACACAAAUUUAGCUGAAAUAAAAAAAAAGAAGAAAAGAAAAUUAUUUUCUUGAGGCUGCAACUUGCAAAAAAAAGAUGAAAAAUGAAUAAAAUAGAUCAGCCAUUUUCAACAAUUUCUAUUAUUUUUAAAGAUAAAUUUCACUAGUGCAUGGUUUUCAAGGGGAGUGAAUGCAACAUCGUGAUUCAAAAAAAAAAAAAGACAUUGUUUAUCAUUCUUUAAGACCAUUCGUGAGUCUGUGUUUUGCAGACGUGCAGAUAAACGAAAAACUUAAGGAACAAUUUUUGGAGUUAUUUAACAGAAAAUGUUUAUGUGACAAAAAAGUGAAAAUGAAAAUAAAUGUAAAUGAUUUAUUUCAUUGUAAAAAAGGCUCAGGCCUUAUAAAGAUAAACAUUAUGUGCAAAUUGUACAUGUUUCUCUUUUUCUUCCUUGUCCCAGGGUACCUCUCAUUGUACUAUUCAUUGCUACCACAGUUCAGUCCCCUGAUAUUGUCCAGAUUUUAGGACUGUUGGUUAUUUUACAGUUCUUGUUUCAGUAUGUAUUUUAUUUUUGGGUUUGGUUUGUUUAACAAGCAUGUUGAAAAGGAUUUUCUGCAACAUGGCUUGGGCACACCUUACAGUAACUCAGCAUGUUUUGAUAAAGAUGAUAUUUGGAAAUUUUGCAGUUUCUUGUACAGUGCAUGUCAACUUCAUUACUUUUCUCCCUCACUUUAAAUUGAACUCUACAGCAAAAUUAGUUCUUGGUCUUCCACAGGCCAAUUAUUGAAGUUUCAACAAAAACAUUCCACUCACCCACCCCCGACCCCCCGACCCCCCCAACCCCCCCAAGGUCAUGUUUUCUUUCAGGUUUUUGAGAAAAAAAAACAACAAAAAAGUGACGAGGAAAAUAUUUUAUAUUUCAUGGAGGUUGACGAAACAAUUGUGAUUGCAAGUGUAUUUUAUUUCAGUAUUGUUGACGAACAUGCAAAAAUAAUCUAUUGGUACAGCAAGAGGUCUAUACCUAAUCAAGAGGCAGGAAACGUGGAAGAGAUUUGUGUUGCUGCGGUUAAAUUUUACUGGCACUGUAUGUGAAGAAGAGCUAAUCACAAGUUCAAAUAAGGGAUAUUGCCACAGAAUUUUUUUUCUUUUCUUGUUUUAUGAAAAUGAAAUUAAUUUACUAUAUUUUUGUUAGUUUUAUUUAAAAGCCAAGACCAGUUUAUUUUUUAUUUUCUAUUUUUAGUAAUUACAAAUACUUCUCAUGUCUGGGAGGUAUAUGAAUCUUAUAGUUGCAGUAUGUCUGGAUGAUAUUGAACUGAGGCAUUAUUCCUUUUCCAUGUGGUGAAGAUGCAAUUUAAUGUCAAAGAAGAAACCUUAUUGCUGGAACAGGCGACGGUAUAUAUUUUGAUUUUGAUUUCCAUUGUACAUACCUUUAGAUGUCAGAAUUUGAAUAAACAAGCUACCAGAAAAAGAUUGAUAGGCUCUUUUGGAACAGGAAGAAUGCCUCAAGUGAUGACAAAGACAUAUGUUAUUUAUCCUUUUGAAUGCCUUUUAAUUUUCUCUUUUUGGUGCAAUGUGUUAAUGCCAAGGCUAUGUCUUGGUUAAGUAUGGUUGAGUACAGAGAUUUAUGUAAGUUAUUUUUCAAAUUAAAAAUAAAAAAAAUGAUAUUACACCGA